AUGGUGAUGUGGCACUUGCUGGAAAUCAGCAUGAGCCAUCUUUCUUCAGAUUUGUCUGCCAUCUUCAACUUUCAGAGUCUACUGACUGUGAUCUUGUUGCUCAUAUGUACCUGUGCCUAUAUCAGAUCCUUGGCUCCCAGAUUACUGGACAAAAAUAAAACUGGACUAUUGGGAGUAUUCUGGAAAUGUGCCAGGAUUGGUGAACGGAAGAGCCCCUGCGUGGCUGUGUGCUGUGUCAUGAUGGCAUUCAACAUUCUGUUUUUACAGUAGCGAUUGGAGAGUGUCCCCUACACCCUACUCCCAAACAGCAGAGUGUGGAAGAACUUCUGGCAGGAAGAGAUGGGAAGGAGCCACCAAGUUUCCUCUCGCACGUUUUAUAGCCUGUCUGUAGUGGGCACCCCCUGCUCCUGCAAACAGACCAUCAUGUACAGUAUUGGGGAUCAUAAUGUAACUUAACUUCAGUUGACAUGUACUUAUUAAUAUCCAGUCCGUACUGAACCUCCUGAUGCAGCUCUUGUAAAGGUGUCUGUUUCAGGGGAGCUUUUCUUAAACCAUGCAGUUGAAAAGUUGAAAAGCCUUUUUUGAGAGACCUCUAAUAAAAAUUAAAAAUUAUGAAUCUAGGAAUAGCAAUAAGAGCACUCUUAAAAGAAUAAAGAGCUUUGUUACUCUAG